AUGUCACGUGACAUAACUGCAUUUAUUGCGUACGUAAUAUUAUACUUGAAAUUUCACUCGAACAUGGCUAUCCAUGCUGAAACUGCGAAAUUGAUCAAGAAUUUUUUUUCUUCUUCCCAUUAUGUUGUUGUUGGCGCUUCUUCGAUACCUUCAAAAUAUGGAAAUAAAGUUUUAAAAUGGUACAUAAACAAUAAUUACUCUGUUACGCCUGUCAAUCCGAAUGAAGAUGAAAUCGAUGGCCUAAAAUGUGUUCCAAAUUUGUCAUCAAUACCAAAUAUUGAUCCUAAAAAUAUUUCUGUUUCUGUUAUAACCCCUCCAAAGGUUUCGAAAAAGAUUCUGGAGGAGGCAGCAGAGUGGAGGACCUUGUGUUCUAGUCAAUGGGUAUAG